CAUAGCAGAUAUGUCGAGGGACUGAACGUUGAUUUAGGGGAAGCUUUGCAAUUUUUACGCGAAUAUGAAAGAGAAGCUUCUUCAAUGUGUACCAGAGUUAUGAGAGCCCAAUGGAAUUAUGGUACUAACGUUACUGAAUCUACCAAAAAAAAAAUGUUGGAUGAGCAAGCAUUAAAAUUAAAAUUUGAAAGAGCAUCCUGGCGUAAAGCAGUGAGUUUUGCAUGGAGUCGUAUACCAGAUCCAUUAGCAAGAAGAGAAUUAAAAAUGAUUGCUAUCAAAGGAAGAAAUGCAUUGACCGAUGACAAAUUCAACGAGAUACAUCAUCUGAUUGCUGAAAUGAAAGAAAUUUAUGGUAGAACAAGAUUAUGUCCAUACAGAAACAUGGGAUCUAAUUGUAAUCUGAGUAUAGAUCAUGAUGUUAGCAAAAUUAUGGCACAAUCUAAGGAUUAUGAUGAGCUUUUAUAUUACUGGCAUGCUUGGCACGAAGCUAUUGGACCACCCCUUAAAAAUAAUUUCAUGAGAUACGUUCAAUUAAGUAAUCAAGCAUCCAGAUUAAAUGGAUUUGCUGAUACGGGUGAUCAAAUGAAAGAAUUUUUUGAAGAUGAACAAUUCGAAGAAAACAUGGCUGAAGUGAUCUAUGCGAUAAUGCCAUUAUAUAAAAAUCUUUUUACAUAUGUUAGAAGAAAAUUAUUUGAAAGAUAUGGAAAUAAGAUUAGAAAGGAUGGCCCAUUACCAGCCCAUAUUUUGGGUAACAUGUGGUCACAAAAUUGGGAAGGAAUUUAUGAUUUAGUUCAACCAUUUCCAGCUACUACCAAACUCGAUGUUACAUUGGAUAUGAUGAUACUAGGAUACACACCUUUAAGAAUGUUUCAAGUUGCUGAAGAAUUUUUUACAUCGCUUGGAAUGAAACCAAUGCCACCAGAAUUUUGGAGAUUUUCCAUGUUCGAGAAACCAAUCGAUCGUGAAGUUAUAUGCACUGCUGGUGCAUGGGAUUUUUGUAAUACCAUAGAUUACAGAAUAAAACAAUGCACCAAAGUAACGAUGGAAGAUUUGUUAUCAACUCAUCAUGAAAUGGCUCAUUUGCAAUAUUACUUACAAUACAAGGAUCAGCCAGUUAUUUUCAGAAAAGAAGCUAUACCUGGUUUUCACGAAGCAGUCAGUGAUGCAAUUACUUUAUCUGUGAUGACACCACAACAUUUGCACAAAAUUGGUUUGCAUAAUAAUUCAACGGAUGGUUACGAGAGUAGUAUUAAUUUUCUUAUGCUUAUGGCACUACGUAAAUUGGCAUACAUUCCUUUUGCUUAUAUAAUCGAUCAGUGGAGAUGGAGUGUUUUUAAUGAAGGAGUCGAAGAUAUGACUACCAAAUGGUGGGAACUGAGAUUGCAAUAUCAAGGAAUAAUUCCACCAGUUGUUAGAACCAAAAGAGAUUUUGAUCCAGCUGCUAAAUAUCAUAUAAUUGCUGAUAUACCUUACGCACAAUAUUUCGUUGGUACGGUGUUACAAUUUCAAUUAUUCCAAUCUCUGUGUGAAAUUUCAGGACACACUGCUGAAUUGCAUACUUGUGAUCUUUACAGAUCACGUGAUGCUGGAAGAUUAUUAUCAGAUGUUUUAUCAAUCGGUGCAUCAAGACAUUGGCACGAUGUUAUCAGACAAAUGACCAGAGGUAAAUCUAACAAAUUAGAUGCAGAUGCUAUACUCAAAUAUUUUCAACCACUUUACGAAUGGCUCAAACGACAAAACGAAAUGGAACCAACAAUUGGAUGGAUCACGAUACAAGAAGACACAGCAUUAUUCGCUCAUUUGUAUCAAAAUGGUUCGAAGGAUUAUCCAAUUUCCGCCAUCUUGUUUAUUCUCGUUGCAAUUUCAAGCAUUUUCUUCUACGUUUAA